AUGGCAACGCACCGCUUCAACCCCACCUUCACAGACAAUGUCAUCAACGCGAUGGGCCCAAAGACCAGCCCGCGUCUGCGGAAGCUAAUGGCCGGGCUGAUCAGACACAUGCACGACUUUGCGCGCGAGGAAGAACUCACCGUCGACGAGUGGAUGGCCGGCGUGCAGAUGCUCAAUUGGGCCGGACAGAUGAGCGACGAUAAGCGGAAUGAGGGACAGUUGGUGUGCGAUGUGCUGGGACUUGAAUCCCUCGUCGACGAAAUCACCUACACCCUCGCAAAAGAAGCAAACGAUGCACCCACAGCAACCGCAAUCCUCGGCCCAUUCUUCCGCGCCGAUACACCCUGGCGCGAGAACGGCGAGGACAUCGUCAAGACGAAGCCAGCAGACGCGGAGAUGACCUUCAUGCACGGUGUCGUUGUAGACUUUGAGACUAAGCAGCCUCUGGUCGGCGCAACGGUCGAGGUGUGGCAGGCGUCCACGAAUGGGUUGUACGAGCAGCAGGACCCCGAGCAGGUUGAGUUCAACUUGCGCGGGAAGUUCAAAACGGAUGAGCAGGGCAGAUAUUCGUUCUAUUGUCUGCGUCCGACGCCGUAUCCCGUUCCGAAGGAUGGGCCGGCGGGGAAGCUACUUGAUCUGAUGGAUCGUCAUCCGUUCCGUCCUGCUCAUAUUCAUAUUAUUGCUACUUAUGAUAACUACCGUCCCUUGACGACACAGAUCUUCGAUCGCAAGGAUCCGUAUCUUGAGAAUGACUCGGUGUUUGCGGUUAAGGACUCGCUUAUUGUGGACUUUUUGCCGCGUGAGAAUGAUUCGAAGGCUGCCCUUGAGCUUAACUAUGAUAUCAAGUUGGUUCGGUUUGAGGCGGCUAAUGCUGAGCGAAUGGGAUAG